AUGGAUUUCCUUCACAGGAAUGGAGUGCUUAUUAUUCAGCAUUUGCAGAAAGACUACCGAGCCUACUAUGAUUUUCUAAAUUUUAUGUCCAGUGUUGGAGAUCCUAGGAAUAUCUUUUCUAUUUAUUUUCCACUUUGGUUUCAACUUAAUCAAACAGUUGGAACCAAGAUGAUAUGGGUAGCAGUCAUUGGGGAUUGGUUCAAUCUUAUAUUUAAAUGGAUAUUAUUUGGUCAUCGUCCUUACUGGUGGAUUCAAGAAACUCAGAUUUACCCAAAUCACUCAAGCCCAUGCCUUGAACAGUUUCCUACUACAUGCGAAACAGGCCCAGGAAGUCCAUCUGGCCAUGCAAUGGGCUCAUCCUGCGUCUGGUAUGUCAUGGUAACAGCUGCCCUCAGCCACACUGUCAGCUGGAUGGAUAAAUUCUCAGUCACUCUGCACAGACUGACCUGGUCAUGUCUUUGGAGUCUUUUUUGGUUAAUUCAAAUCAGUGUCUGCAUCUCCAGAGUCUUCAUAGCAACACAUUUCCCCCAUCAAGUUAUUCUUGGAGUGAUUGGUGGGAUGCUGGUGGCGGAGGCCUUUGAAUACACGCCGGGAAUCCUCACAGCCAGCCUGAGCCUGUACCUGAAGACCAACCUCUUCCUCUUCCUGUUUGCACUUGGCUUUUACCUGCUUCUCAGAAUGCUCGACAUUGACCUGCUGUGGUCCGUCCCCAUCGCCAAGAAGUGGUGUGCCAACCCAGACUGGAUCCACAUGGACACCACGCCUUUUGCCGGGCUGGUGAGAAACCUCGGGGUCCUCUUUGGCCUGGGCUUUGCAAUCAACUCGGACAUGUUCCUCCUGAGCUGCCGAGGGGAGAACGGCUACAAGCCGCGCUUCCGCCUUCUCUGCGCCGCGACCUCGGUGACCGCCCUGCAGCUCUACCGCCUCGUCCACGUCCCCACGCACACCGAGCACCUGUUUUACGUGCUGUCGUUCUGCAAGAGCGCGUCCAUCCCUCUGACCGUGGUGGCUCUGAUUCCCUACUGCGUCCACACGGCGAUGCAACCCAGGGGAAAGAAGAUCAACUAG